GAUCUUCCCGGGGAAUCCAGGAUGUCCGGUCCCUUCAGCUCUGGCCGCGGGGCCUCUUCCCCACUUUCCCUCCGCCGGGAGCGGCGCAGCGUAGGACUUCUUGGGAGGGCACAUCGCUAUCCCGAGGAAGCGGCGGCUCAGUCCCGUAUUCGGGGCUGGUUGCCGGGCUUCGGAAGAAGGACGGGGAGAGAGAGAGAGAGCGAUCCCGGGGAUGCGGUGGAAGGCUCCGGGGCGUGGCCGGGCGGGGGCGGGGCCAGCGCCUUGGAGGGUCCACAUGACUUGAGGGCUUGGUCACGCUUCUGUUAAUCACCUCUAGCUCUUAGCCCGUUUACCUAGACCUGAGGACAGUUCGUGGGGCUUAGUCCUGAGUGAUGCCAUACAUGUUUGCCUGCCUCUUUUCGUCUGGGCAGAAAGUAGUAAUUGAGGGAAGUUUGAGGAAACUAGGGCUGUUACUUUCUUUUGAGGUCAGUUCCGAAGAGGAUUUCGUUUUUUUUUGUGGUCGCCUCCUCUGAAAUGCCAAAACACCCCAAGUAUUCUGAGUUAAUUGUAACUCUUGCCGUGGGAAAAGGAAGGAUGGGAGCUCUGAGAACAUUUAAAGCCCUAGAUCUGUGCCAAAAAAGAAAAUAUUUGAACAACUAAAAGGUGAAACGCUCCUCAGGAGGCUAGCUUGAUUCCCGUUUUCAACUAGAGGCACAGAGCAUGGAGAAUGAUGAACUUCCGCCAGAGGAUGGGAUGGAUUGGAGUGGGGCUGUAUCUAUUAGCAAGUGCAGCUGCAAUUUACUAUGUUUUUGAAAUCAAUGAAACUUAUAACAGACUUGCAUUGGAACAUAUUCAGCAACAUCCAAAAGAGCCACAAGAAGGAACCACAUGGACACAUUCCUUGAAAGCACGACUACUUUCUCUGCCUUUUUGGCUAUGGACCAUUAUUUUUCUAAUCCCAUACUUACAGAUGUUUUUGUUCCUUUAUUCUUGCACAAGAGCUGACCCAAAAACUGUGGGCUAUUGCAUCAUUCCUAUAUGCCUGGCAAUUAUUUGCAAUCGACACCAAACUUUUGUCAAAGCUUCUAAUCAGAUCAGCAGAUUACAACUGAUUGAUACAUAAAAUGAACACCUUUCUUUAAAAACUGCAAAUACUGUAUCAAGUUUAAUCACAAGACUGAGUUUUCAAGUUUACAGAGGAAGUUGUGGUUGGGCUGAGCCUUUCUUUUUGAAAUGUGACAAGGGGCAAUUUUUUUAAAAUGAAUUUUUAGAUAAUGGUAUAAAGUGCUUCAAUCAUGUUGACUUCAACUAAGGAUGUUAAUUAGAUUUUCUUUGGAAGCAAGAUCAUGUCAUUCCACCUAGAGCUUCUAAAGGACAUACAUCUAGAUUCUGAUUUUGUUUUAUUGUGCUAGGAAAUAAUGAUUCAGAAAUCUUUCCUUUUGGCAAAAAUGAAUAGAUAUGGACACUUCCUUUGUAUUAAAUGUAAAAAGUUCCUAACAUGACUAUAAAAUUUAAAUUUUGCAUAAA